AUGGCUAACUAGGGGAAAACAAUUGAUGGGUUUAAAGAUCCGACAUAGUCAGAGAACAUUCAUCAGUUACCUGUAAGAUUCUAAACCAGGCACAUACAGUCUGCAUAUCUUCAAAAUUGCUUAGAUUUUUAUCAUAGUCAUCACAAAAGUUAACAAUGUUUUACAGCAGGUUUGUCGUCGCUGUGUUCUUGUUGAGUGUCGCAUACACAGUUUUGGGUGCCAGCGCCGCUGUGGAUGACAACGAUUCGGAGGAGUCGAUUGAAAACAGUUCCAAAGAGGCGACUGAAAAUGGUUCCGAGCUGAGCAAAGCCGUUAAGUCUUUGAAUGAAACCAGCAUCAUCAAGUUGCGCGAUGUCAGCAGCCAAUUACAGAAAUUGAAAGCCAAAGUCUCUGACAACGAGCCAGUUGUAAACAAAGCCCGUAAUCCAACCUCAAGAACUUCUGACGUCAAACUGGGCGAUGAGAAUGUAGGGCCUUCUGCUAGGACAACUUGCUUUACUAAGAAUGGCACUACGAUAUGCACCCCAGCUACUGACUGCACUACCACUAAAGCUGAUACUUCUGUUAAACUGUUGAAACAAAGAACGAUGAAAGCCAUUAUUACUGCCAAAACGCCAAUCUUGGACAUCUCGUCAGAUACCCUGCCAAAGAAAAUCUAAAAUUAUUGUUAGAUUUAAGCUCUUUUUAUCUUGUUUGAUUAUGUCGUAUGACAAAGAUUUUCUUCUAAAUUUGAUACUAACGUAUUGUAACGCAAUUCCUUAUCGACAGCUAAAAUAAAUGGCGAUGAUGGCCUAAA